ACUUCCUGUAUUUUCGUAAAGGAAAGAGUACAAGGAGAAGAUGGAGUAUUAUGAGCUGCUUUUGUUGUUUGUGUUACAUGUUUGGCAACGUAUUCUCCAACAGAGACCGCAACGUCGCUUUUGGGUUCAUCCCAUCCACCAAAUGCAUUCUGAGAGAGGACAAUUUGUACUACUUUAUCGUGAACUGAGAGAGCACCCUGAUAAAUUCUGAAAUAAUACUCGGAUGAGCAUCUCAACAUUUGACUUUCUUCUUGAUCUUCUGACACCAUUCUUGUCAAGACAGGAUACUAAUUGCAGGGAUGCAAUCUCACCAUGCGAACGCUUACUUAUAACGUUACGAUAUCUUGCCACAGGGAAUAGUUAUUCAUCACUGCAAUAUGAAUUUCGAAUUGGAAUCUCAACUAUAAGUGAAAUUGUGAAGCAAACAUGUGAUGCAAUAUGGACCCUGAAAUGUCGAUUCAUGCCAAUUCCAAACAAAGAAAAAUGGGAAGAUAUUGCCCAGCGUUUUUGGAUGAAAACGAACUUUCCAAACUGUUUAGGAGCUAUUGACGGAAAACAUAUUAGGUUAAUAAAACCAUGCCAUAGUGGAAGUCAAUUUUUUAAUUAUAAAAAGUAUUUUUCCAUAGUUCUAUUGGCUGUGGUCGAUGCAGACUAUAAAUUUCUUUAUGUUGAUAUUGGAGCUUUCGGAAGCAGUGCAGACUCUGGUGUUUUCCAGCAUAGUAAAUUUGGAAAAAACUGGCAUCUAAUGAACUAGAUUUGCCUGACAACCAACCCCUGCCCGGAACAGAAGGACCAGAUAUGCCAUUUGUUUUUGUAGCCGAUGAUGCAUUUGCUAUUCACGAACAUCUAACGAAGCCCUUUUCAUUGAG